GUGAGAGAGAGGGUUCGUCGUGUUCGUUUUAUCUCUCUAGAAGGCGUGUUAUAUAAAACACUCGUAUUCGUGUUCGUCAGCUGCGUAAUCUGAGGCCCUGAAAUCCUUUAGGUGACAAAAAUCAAGGACUCUUCUCAAUCUUAUAGCUUUCGAAACCCUAAAUCUGUACUCUUCUAGGGCAAUUUUUCCUUUAGAAACUCUACUCAUUCAAAAGCCUAAUCGGUGUUUCUGUAUCAGUUUCCACUUUCUUCGCAUCAUCGCGGAAAUCUGAUUUCUUUGCGAUUUCAUCGAGCAGUGCCGAGGGAUUGCGAGUUUCUCCGAUCUGUAUCUUUGUUAUAUUGUCUCUUGUCCUACUCUUGAAACCCUAAUCUAUAGAAAACUCUUGGUUUUUGUAGAAACUAGAGAGUAGAGAGACCCCUAACUUCUCGGCAAUCCUAAUCUUGCAAAAUAAAUUGCUAUUUAUUUUGUCUGAAUAAAAAUUUUCCCGGAAAUCGGCAGCAGCUUCUGGUAUAGGAGUGUUAAUCUCAAUUUUGUUUUUCUGAAACCCUAAUAUUUUCUGAGAAAUUUUAAUCUCUUGAAAAGCUGUUUGUCUUAUCCCUCAGUUUCGAGUAAUUAAUUUUCUGAGCCUGCAAUUCGAGUUUUCCUAGCUUCGAUCGUAACUGCGGCGCUUUGGGCACCGUAGCUUGCCGAUAUCAUUGUUCACAACUGUGGCUCGUCUGAGAUCUCGAUAGAAAUGGUGGGAGGUGGAAGCAGAAGGGACGAUGGCCCCAUUGGGAUAAAUAGUACCAAUGUUUUUGCCGCUCUUGAAAGCCUACGCAAAAAGAAAAAAUCAGACAAGGAGCAUGGAUCGUCAAAGAGCAAGGGAUCUUCAAAAAGCCAAGCAAAGGAACCGGAGCAGCAGGUUUUCUGGCAACCCACGCCUCUUGCAGUGAAAUCCUGGGCUGACGUUGAUGAUGAUGAUGACGACGAUUAUUACGCAACAACUGCUCCACCUCAAUCUGUCUGGGGCACAUCGGAACCGCAGCAGAAUAAAGAGAGUUCUCCCCCCUUAGAGGAAAGUGAAAGUGAAGAAGAUGGUCUUGAUGAAGGAGAUGAUGAUGUUGAGGAAGAGCAUGAACAUGAACCUGAGGUUCCAGUGCCACCAGGACCAGUGGUGAAGAAGCCCCCUCAGGCUUCUUUGCCACCAAAGGAUACAGAAAGGCAGCUGUCGAAGAAGGAACUCAAGAAAAAGGAGCUCGCAGAACUUGAAGCUGUUUUGGCCGAGUUUGCAAUGAACAAUAAAGAGACCACUGGUGCAGAUGAAUCAGAUGGUACUGCACAAGAGAAGAAAACAGAGGAAAUCAAUGGAGAUGUGGAGAAGAAGGAGAGUGCUCCUUCGGAGAGCAAGAAUGCAAAGAAGAAGAAGAAGAAGGAUAAGUCUUCCAAGGAGGUCAAAGAACAACAGGACCAGCCUAAUGGUUCAGAGGUCAGAGAUGGACUGGAUGAAACUGCUGGGACCGAAAAUGCAGAAGAGGAUGCAUCAGCCAUUGAUGUAAAAGAGCGUCUAAAGAAGGUUGCGUCUAUGAAGAAGAAAAAAUCAAAUAAGGAGAUGGAUGCAGCAGCUAAAGCUGCCGCUCUCGAGGCUGCUGCAAGGAGUGCAAAGCUUGCUGCAGCAAAGAAGAAAGAAAAGAAUCACUAUAACCAAAAGCCAGUGCGGUAAACCUCCCCAUUUUGGAUGGGAGCAUGCAUGUAUUCGCCUUGUUCAUUCGUUGAAUGCGAAAUAAACAUCAGAUGACCUUGACGGUAUAGAACGCUGGUUUUACUUGAAAAAUAUCCAUUUUGGCUCUUGAGAUCUGGCCAAUGCCCCGUGUCAUGUGACAUAUUGUUUCAGACAUUUUUCUUUUAUUAAAUAUCUUUCUUGGAUGUUACUUGAA